UAGGGCCGCGGCCACCGGAAGAGUCGCAGUCUCCAGCGGAGCCGGGAGAGUGGGGAGCGGAAGCGGCAGCCGCGGCGGCGGCAGGCGGCGCUGGGACCCGGGAGCGGCCGGAGAACAAGGGAGCUGGCGCCGCGGCCGGCCGCGGAGCUAGGCUGAGCCGCUGGGCCGCGCCGAGGGCCGUCGCCGCCCGAGAGGCCCGGCCCGGCCGCCGGAGCAGGCCGCGCGCGGGCCGCCGGGCCCGAGGCCGGAGCCAUGGGCGAGACCAAGAUCAUCUACCACCUGGACGGGCAGGAGACGCCGUACCUGGUGAAGCUGCCCCUGCCCGCCGAGCGCGUCACCUUGGCGGACUUUAAGGGCGUUCUGCAGCGACCCAGCUAUAAGUUCUUCUUCAAGUCUAUGGACGACGAUUUCGGAGUGGUGAAGGAGGAGAUCUCCGACGACAAUGCCAAGCUGCCCUGCUUCAAUGGCCGGGUGGUGUCUUGGUUGGUGUCUGCUGAGGGCUCACACCCAGAGCCAGCUCCCUUCUGUGCUGACAACCCAUCAGAACUGCCACCGCCCAUGGAGCGCACGGGAGGCAUUGGGGACUCCCGGCCCCCAUCCUUCCACCCUCAUGCUGGUGGAGGCAGCCAGGAGAACCUGGACAAUGACACAGAGACAGACUCCUUGGUGUCUGCCCAGCGCGAGCGGCCACGCAGGAGGGACGGCCCAGAGCACACAACCCGGCUAAAUGGAACUGCAAAGGGGGAACGGCGGCGAGAGCCAGGGGGUUAUGAUAGCUCAUCCACCCUUAUGAGCAGCGAGUUAGAGACCACCAGCUUCUUUGAUUCGGAUGAGGAUGACUCCACCAGCAGGUUCAGCAGCUCCACAGAGCAGAGCAGCGCCUCACGCCUGAUGAGAAGACAUAAGCGGCGGCGGAGGAAGCAGAAGGUUUCACGGAUUGAGCGGUCCUCGUCCUUCAGCAGCAUCACGGACUCCACCAUGUCACUCAACAUCAUCACAGUCACUCUCAACAUGGAAAAGUACAACUUUCUGGGCAUCUCCAUUGUGGGCCAAAGCAAUGAGCGUGGUGACGGAGGCAUCUACAUCGGCUCUAUCAUGAAGGGGGGUGCUGUGGCUGCAGAUGGACGCAUCGAGCCAGGAGAUAUGCUGUUACAGGUAAACGAGAUCAACUUUGAGAACAUGAGUAAUGACGACGCAGUCCGGGUACUGCGGGAGAUUGUGCACAAACCAGGGCCCAUCACCCUGACUGUAGCCAAGUGCUGGGACCCAAGUCCACGUGGUUGCUUCACACUGCCCAGGAGCGAGCCCAUCCGUCCCAUUGACCCUGCAGCCUGGGUCUCCCACACUGCAGCCAUGACCGGCACCUUCCCUGCCUAUGGCAUGAGCCCCUCCCUGAGCACCAUCACCUCCACCAGCUCCUCCAUCACCAGCUCCAUCCCUGACACAGAGCGCCUAGACGACUUCCACCUGUCCAUCCACAGUGACAUGGCUGCCAUUGUCAAAGCCAUGGCCUCCCCUGAAUCUGGGCUGGAGGUCCGAGACCGCAUGUGGCUCAAGAUUACCAUCCCUAACGCUUUCAUCGGCUCGGAUGUGGUGGACUGGCUAUACCACAACGUGGAAGGCUUCACUGACCGGAGGGAGGCCCGCAAGUAUGCCAGCAACCUGCUGAAAGCCGGCUUCAUCCGCCACACCGUCAACAAGAUCACCUUCUCUGAGCAGUGCUACUACAUCUUCGGUGACCUCUGUGGCAACAUGGCCAACUUGUCCCUCCAUGAUCACGACGGUUCCAGUGGCGCCUCUGACCAGGACACGCUGGCCCCUUUGCCGCACCCAGGGGCCGCCCCUUGGCCCAUGGCUUUCCCUUACCAGUACCCGCCGCCCCCACACCCCUACAACCCGCACCCAGGCUUCCCAGAGCUGGGGUACAGCUAUGGUGGGGGCAGCGCCAGCAGUCAGCACAGUGAAGGCAGCCGGAGCAGUGGCUCCAACCGUAGCGGCAGUGACCGGCGGAAGGAGAAGGACCCGAAGGCGGGGGACUCGAAGUCGGGCGGCAGCGGCAGCGAGUCGGACCACACAACUCGCAGCAGCCUGCGUGGGCCGCGGGAAAGGGCGCCCAGCGAGCGCUCGGGGCCUGCCGCCAGCGAGCAUAGCCACCGCAGCCACCACUCCAUGGCCGGCAGCCUGCGCAGCCAUCACACGCACCCGAGCUACGGCCCCCCUGGCGUGCCCCCUCUCUACGGUCCCCCCAUGCUGAUGAUGCCCCCACCGCCCGCGGCCAUGGGGCCCCCAGGAGCCCCCCCGGGCCGCGACCUGGCCUCUGUGCCCCCUGAACUGACAGCCAGCAGACAGUCCUUCCGCAUGGCCAUGGGAAACCCCACCAAGAAUUUCGGGCUGUUUGACUUUCUGUGAGCCCCCAGCAAGGGGAGGCCCAGCCUCCGAGGAGACCAGGAACCCUGCUUCAGCAGCCCCUCAGGGCUUCCCAAGGAUGUUCAGCUCCCACACCCUCACUUCAACAUGUUGAGUCACUAGGCUUUUGUGGGGGGCUCCAGCCUCUCACCCAUGUAUGAGACUCUGUUCCCCUUUCCAGAGAGUGCCCCAUCCCUCUCUCCUCUGUUUCUCUCUCUCUCUCUCUCUCUCUCUCUCUCUCUCUCACACACACACACACACACACGUACCUAUGCCAAGUUCACUUAAGCCUCAGGGCUGGUCCCUACCCAGAGGGCUGGACCUUCUCUCCCAGGUUGUAGGGCUGGUUCCCUGACUUCCCUCUCCCCUUCCUUAUAGCCCUCAAGCCUCCCACACGUCCCCAUCAUCUUCCUACUGGAUAAACUUCGUAAGCUGGGUCUCAGGUUAGGCUCAGCAGAGGACACCCCAAGCAACUGGCAGGUUGUCCUCACCCUGCCGCUUACCCCACACGCCCUUCCCUGAUUUCAUAAUCACCAUGAUGCCCCAGAGAAAGGUUGGGCAGGAGGACUUCUGGGACUCCUACUAAAGUGCCAGGUUUUAUUUUUUUUACCUUAUUCUCCAGUUUAAGCAAAUUAUGACUUUCUCUUUAAACCUCUUCUAUAAAUUCUCCUGGCUUACCUCUCUCCAUAUUUUUAGGACUGGGGUGUCAAGAGUGGGAUUAAGUCUUAAGCUCCAGGCUUUGGGGCAAACCAGGGUAGGGACAUUUUGGCGUUCAUUCAUUUAACCAAGACCUCCUGGGGUUUUUGGUGACCAAGGGCUGUGUUGGAAGCAUGACUCAGUCUUGCCUGCCUUCUAGGAGCUCUAGGUUUGCUUCCAACCCAGGCCAUGGCUUUCUCUAGCCACCACUACAGGGCUGCCUCCUAUACUUUUCCUUUCCUGACUCUGCCAUGUUCAACUCCCUUGAGAAUUCCUCCACUAUUGCUCAUGCCUUCAGUGUUGGUGCUCCCAGUGUUCCAUCUUUGGUUCACUUCUCUUUCCUCUAUGUUUACUCCUCAAAUGAUGUUAUCUAUCCUGAUGUCCUCAGUUGACACUGAUAUGCUGGUGAUUCUAAAACACAUAUCUCCAGCCACAAUUUCCCUCCAAAUUUUAGAUCUGUAUUACCACCCCCUGGACAUCACCAUGGACAUAUACAUAUGGACUCAACUCAUUUCCCCCAUCAAGUGUGUUCCUCCUGAAUUCCAAUCCUGGUUAUUUUUAUCACACUCUACAUAGGCACACCAGCUAGUAACAUUUAUGGGCUUAAAUUCCUCCCCAUAUCUUACUAGUCAGCAUAUCAUAUCCAUUCCACUCCAACGAUCUUUCUUGAAUAUGGUCCUUUCUCUCCCCCCUGCCUCUACUCUAACUCACAGGAGCAUGGGAUUUGGAGUCAGGUUGUUCUGGGUUUGAAUCCCAGCUCUACUACUUUUUGGUUUUGUGAUAAGAGAGUUAUUUAAUCUCUCUGAGCCUCAGUUCCCUUAUAUGUAAAAUGAUGAUAAUAAUACCUACCUCACAGGGUUGUUGUGAGGAUUUAAAUUAGAUAAUGUACGAAAAGUGCCUAGCACAGUGCCUGGCACACAGUAGAAUAGGUGCUCAAUAAAUGGUAGCUAUU